UAAGUUUAUGUUCUGAUAAAACUGUUGUUCUCUUUGAGACACAGCGUUGGCAAUCCUGUCUACUGGCGGGACAGUUUGCAUAAACUGUCAAAUCAGAUUUUAAAACAAAACUAUUUGUUUUAAAGGAACUCAGUAUUUUUUUAAAAAUGGAUAGUGCAACUGAGGAUUUGUACAUGCAACAAUUACAAGAGCUCGUCAGAGAUGAAGACAAAAUUAUUACUCUUCCUAUAGUUGCAUCAAAAUUUAAUUUGAACGUUCAAGCUGCUAGAGAUUUGUUACAAAAAUUCAGUAAAGAUAACAAAGAUUUGAUUGCUACAUACAUGAUAACAGGAAUUACGAAGGAGAAUAAGAAAAGGGCUGUGAUUAUGUUAAAAAAUGAAGACACACAAAAGAAAGAUGAUAUAUUUGAGAGCAUAUCUGGACAAACGAUAUUCAGUAUACAAAAGAGUGAUAAUGUAGAUUUUAACACAAUAUUCAUGGCAAACAAAGAAGAACUGGCCAACCGAGAGUCAUCAUUACAGGGUUAUAUAGUAAGUAAAAACAGUGUGAAAAGGGUAUUAAAAACUAAAAAGUUGCCACCUCCACCUGUGCCAACAAUUAAAGGCAGAUCAACAGUAUUCUUUAAACAACAAAAGCCAGAAGAGAAGAAAGAAGAAACACCCUCGGCUUUCAAUAAGAAAGAACAAAAUGCUGAGCAAAAGUCCCCAGCAAGUAAGAAACCUGACAACAAGGGUAAACCGGGGGCUUUGGCAAACAUGUUUAGCAAAAUGCCUAUUAAACCUAAAAAGGAACAAGAUACCAAUCAGAAAGAUGACAAAGAAAAUGUUAAUGGUAAAGAUGAUUUGAACAUGGAAGUAGAUGUGAAUGAAGAUGAGGAUAAAAGUACAGUUUCAGAAACAACAAAGAUAGUAAAAGAACAACCUAAAACUGACAGUAAAAAAACAAGUAAAAGGCCCAGAACAGAAAAAUCUAAUGAUGCUCCUAACAAGAAAAGGAAAAGGAUUAUACAAAAGAAUGAUUCAGAUAGUGAUGAUUUGUUCGAAAAUGAAGAAGAAGAAAAUGAAAAUAUUAUUGAAAAAUCUGAUGAUGAGCCAGAGCCAGUCAAAGUGAAACCUACAUUUGUGCCAAAGAAUAAACGAAGGAAAGCCGUCGAAAAAACAUAUGAAGAUGAUGAAGGUUUUAUUGUGACAAAAACUGAAUACGUUUUUGAGAGUGCAUCAGAUGAAGAAGAACCACCUAAAAAACCACCAGAACCAAAAGCCAAUCCUCAGAAAAAAGUUGACAAGAAGAACAGCAGUAAUUCUGAAACUGAAGUAUCCCCUAAAAGUAAUUCUAAGGGUAAAAAAGGAAAGAAGGAAACUAAAAGUCAACCAUCAAUUAUGAGUUUCUUUAAGAAAAAAUAAUUUAUUGUAAAAUAAUCUGUUUAACUUUGCAUGUUUAUUAUGUUUCUUUUAUAAGUAAUAUUGUUACUAUGUCUUAUAGUUGUUAUUACAGUUCUAAUAAUAAGUUUUUUUAUAUAUAA